AACCGUCGGUAUUAUUCGAUAACGUGGCACGGUGUAAUUGGCUCGAAGACUAGAAAACCGCCGGACUAAGAUUCAACCAGCGGUGACUUCAACACUUUAGACGGUGGAUUUCUUCGCCGGAGCUUCCGCGAGCUUCUUCAUUCCCGUUUAAUAUGGCCGUUGAUGGAGAGAGUGUCGUCUCGAUGCCGAUGGCGGUGGCUGCCUGCGUCGCUAUGGCAGUGUCCUACGUUUUGAUUCUUUAUGCUCCCACCGUGAUUCUCCGUCUCCCGGCGGCUUCUUCUUACUUCGAGUUUAUGAUUCGGAGAUUCAUCUGCGCGGCUAUUUCUACUGUAGUGUCUCUCGUCUUCACAGCUUUUGUACUCCCGAUAAAAAGCUGGGAGGCCUCUCCUAUACUUGGUGUUUAUGGAAUAAGGACUGAUCAUCUGUGGCAAGGAGUAGUGUAUCCUCUUCUAUUGACCUCUCUCAUUUAUGCCGGAUCUUUAGUCUUGAAUUUGUUAUUGCUCCUGGAAUUAUGGAAGGAGACAGGUGGAGGAUGUUGCUCCUUUAAUAACAUCAAAAGCUUUUUCCAAACAGUACUGACAGGUGCUUCUAAUGUUUCCGUUUGGCGUAAUUUUGUCGUGGCACCGGUAACCGAGGAGCUGGUUUUCCGAGCCUGUAUGAUACCUUUGCUUCUGUGUGCUGGAUUUAGGAUUUACAGUGCCAUCUUUCUCUGCCCAAUUCUCUUUAGCUUGGCCCACUUAAACCAUUUUAGAGAGAUGUACAUCAGACAUAACCGCAGCUAUCUCAGGGCUUCACUGAUUGUUGGUCUUCAGCUUGGUUACACAGUCAUUUUUGGUGCAUAUGCAUCGUUCCUCUUCAUCAGAACCGGACAUCUCGCUGCUCCUUUAUUUGCUCAUAUAUUCUGCAACUACAUGGGAUUGCCUGUGCUAUACGCACAAGGAAAAGGUGUGGUGAGUGUGGCGUUCGUAGGCGGUGUGGUUGGGUUCGUCUCACUUCUCUUUCCUUUAACAAAGCCUCUCAUGUACAACGACAGAACCAACGAUUGCCCGUGUUGGUCUGGCUAUUGUUUGUGGAAUUGAACACAUCUCCGAGUAUAUGUUUACAGAUUUCCGCUGAUCAUGCCUCAGAAUCUAUUUGGAUACAGUACUUAAAUCCUGGUCUUUUACUGCAAGCUAAUGUGUCUUGAUAGUGUAUGACUGUAUGUAGUUUUACCCUUGUAAAUAUUGACUUCAAUCCUAGAGAGACAGGAAGAAGGAUGAUUUACAUCACAAAUCUAACAUAAAGGUCUUAGACUA